GCCGCCGCCACGGGCUGAGGGGCGCCGCGGCACCAGCCCCGCUCCGGGCCGCGCCCCUCCGGCUCCCCCUCCCCUCCAGGCCAGCGGCUCCCUGCGCCACACCCCUCCCCUUGCAGCGUCCCCCCGCCGCCGCGCGGAGCGGGGGAAUGGGCGGUCCUGGCCCUUAGCGCCCCCAGCCGCGGCUGCUCGGAGCGUCUGGCUGGCCUCCGCCCGCUGCGAGGGGCGCUGCUGGGGUCCCCGCGGCUGCGAGUGCCGAUCCCGUCCCCGUCCCCAGCAGCCAUGUCCGGGGUGGUGCGGACCCUGAGCCGCUGCCUGCUGCCGGCCGAAGCCCCCGGCCGCGGGGAGCCGCGGCGGGAGGGCAAGGAGCGGAGCCGGGACUCGGAGCGGGAGGCGCGGCGGCGGAGCCGGGAGAUCGACGCGAUGCUGGCCCGGGAGCGGCGCGCCGUGCGCCGCCUGGUCAAGAUCCUGUUGCUGGGCGCCGGCGAGAGCGGCAAGUCCACGUUCCUCAAGCAGAUGCGGAUCAUCCACGGCCGCGAGUUCGACCAGAAGGCGCUGCUGGAGUUCCGGGCCAUCAUCUACGAGAACAUGGUCAAGGGCUGCAAGGUUCUCGUUGAUGCACGGGACAAACUAGGGAUUCCUUGGCAGUACACGGAGAACGAGAAGCAUGGAAUGUUUUUGAUGGCUUUUGAAAACAAAGCUGGAAUGCCUAUAGAGCCUGCCACAUUCCAGUUGUAUGUACCUGCACUGAGCGCACUGUGGAGGGAUUCUGGGAUCAAGGAAGCUUUUAGCCGUCGGAGCGAGUAUCAGCUGGGUGAAUCGGUGAAAUACUUCCUGGAUAACCUGGAUCGGAUUGGCCAGCUGAAUUAUUUCCCCAGCAAACAAGAUAUUUUGUUGGCCAGAAAAGCCACCAAGGGAAUCGUAGAGCAUGACUUCAUCAUUAAAAAAAUCCCUUUCAAGAUGGUGGAUGUGGGUGGACAGAGGUCUCAGCGUCAGAAGUGGUUCCAGUGCUUUGAUGGGAUAACUUCUAUUUUGUUCAUGGUUUCCUCCAGUGAAUAUGACCAGGUUCUCAUGGAAGACAGACGCACAAACAGACUGGUGGAGUCCAUGAACAUCUUUGAGACAAUAGUCAAUAACAAGCUCUUCUUUAAUGUUUCUAUCAUCCUAUUCCUGAACAAAAUGGAUCUCCUUGUAGAGAAGGUAAAGACAGUCAGCAUUAAGAAGUAUUUCUCAGACUUCAAGGGUGAUCCUCACAGGCUAGAAGAUGUUCAGCGUUACUUGGUGCAGUGUUUUGACAGAAAGCGGCGGAACCGCAGUAAGCCACUCUUCCAUCAUUUCACAACUGCCAUAGACACUGAAAAUAUCCGCUUUGUGUUUCAUGCAGUAAAGGACACAAUCCUUCAAGAGAAUCUGAAGGAUAUUAUGUUGCAGUGAAGAAGAGCACCCCUUGUCUUGUUGAAAUCUACCCGGGGUUAUAAGUCAAAGCUUUUAUUUUAUCUUUAUGGCUCUUGCAUGUGGUUUUAGGACCCAUGCUAUUCACUUGGCUCAGGAAUGCUGAAACUAGCCAGUCAUGGAGGCAGAAGGAGUCCAACAUUGAUGUUAGCUACUGAAUCAUUUGGACGAGUAACACUACUGAAAAAAGUGGCCGUUGUAGGGUUUGACACCUAGUUUGGAAUGUUGAAUAACACAAUCACCUUCCUAUCUUAGAAAAAUCUAACUCUGACAAACUAUGUAAGGAAGACUUUUAAUGAAAACUGUUGUUUUGCAAGGACAGUAACUGUGCAUACUGCCUUUCUCUGUAGUUUGGAGGUGCUGAGUUAACCAGUCAAACUAAUGUAAAUUAUAAUGAGGUUGGUAGUUGUACUAGAGAAUAAAUGGCAAUAUAUUAAUCACAACUCCACAUGUAAUCUUUAAAUAUGUAACCAGAUCUUGCUUGCAUGUGCAGUGUUUGCCAAGGAUCUGGAGUCCACUUAUCAGUGUGGAUGCACAACUCUUGUCUGACGGUCUUGCAUCAGUCUCUUGAGACACGCAAGUCUAGGACUAUAAAUGAAAUGCAGUAGAACUAUAAAUGAAACCUACCAGGCUAUGUGAGUCAUCUGUCCUGCCAUUUCAAAGUCAAAUGGAGGAGAAAAUUAAGGCCUGGCUGAUGUGGACAAUAUUUUGUUUUGCACUACAUAUACAGUGUCUUACAUCAUGGGAAACUGACUUCCACAGUAAUACAGCUUGAGGCACGUACUAGAACAUCUGACCACAUAUCUGCACAUAGUGGCUGCUCUAGUGAGGUGUCAUUUACGGAAAUUCAUCACUGUUCUCACACCUGCAGUUGGCAGUAUUUGUAAAGCUCCAGUCUCUCAAAUAACAGGGCUUUAUCUGUCUCCAAAUGUGUGGAAGCUGAUUAAACUUUUUAGUAAAAUUUUUGGUGAUAGAGCAGCUGCUUGAUUAGUUCCUAACAGCUGACCUUACACUUCUUACACAAGAAGAGCCAGCACUCUUGAGAUCCCAAUUUUACAGCUGCACUGAUACGUUCGGACAGCAGGACCCUGCUGUAAACUAGCCCAUUUUUAAUCUUUUUCUUAAUGGGAUCUUUAACGUAUAUUAAUUUAUAUAUAGUAUGAGUAAACUGUCAAAAUUAGUUGCCCAUUUCAGGCAAUGGUGUACACGUGUGAAAUUGCAAGAGGCUGUGAAUAAUGUUGAUGUGAACUGUUGACUUUCUAGCUCUCUAAACUUACGUAGUUAACUAUCAGGUGCCUUUCUUUGUGUACAGAUAAUUCCAACUAUGUCUACUACAAUGAGGUACAUAAACAAAAUUUAAGAGCUGCCUUUUAUUUCAAUGCUGUAGUGUCUUUUUUUUUUUUUCUUCCCAGGGAACUUUCAAACACAAAUGUUUACUGUGCAGUUGGUACCAUAGUUUGAUUUUAUUAUAAAAAAAAAAAAAAAAAAAAUCAGAAGGGCUUUCUCUAGCUAGACCAAGUCAAUAGAAUCUCUGUAUUUCUUGUCCCCUUUAAAACUGUAAUGACAUGUCAAAAAAGGAACACGUCAGCAUUUAAUCCAUGAGAAAUGCUGAUCUAAAAAGAACCCUGCUCGGGAGUUUUCACGUGUUUAACUUGGAUAAAAUCUAGAAUCCUUCCUUUUGUGGCUUGCAGAAGUUCAUUUCUCUGUGUGUGGUAUACGCAGCUUCCUAAUGCAGAAAUCUGCUGCCCUUGUAGCUUUCUUUGUGCUGGCUUCAGGAGUGAAAAGGAUGUGGUUGUGUUCUAGUUUUAUAUAAUGCAUAUAAAAUGUUUGGUGAAGUAAACCAGUAAGGAGCUGCAGACAGAAAAAUCUAUUUAUUUUAAAAUUACACUUCCACUAGUUCUCAAAUGUAAACAGUAGUUAAUUGCCUAGUUAGAAAAGUCUUACUCACCAGGGACCAAUUUUACUUUUAGUGAUUUUUUUUUUAAUAUAAAAAAGAAAAUAUCAAAUCACCCCGUCUUGAAUGUUCUGCAUUGUUACAGAUGAGGAUUCUGUUAGGGUAAUUGCAUUUGGAAAGGUAAAUGUUUCAACAUGAGGUGUUACAAAUAGUAGCUUAGGGGUCUAUUGGAAUGUAUUUCUUCUGAGCAUGUCUCUUUAUUUGGUUAAAUGAGAUCUAAAGUGUUAACUCUUCAUUACUUAAGCAUUCAAAUAUUGUAUUUAGACUUUGCAGUAGUUUCUACUCAACAGAAAACUUUAGCGCUAUAGCAGGGCAACUCAAACUGCCUAACUUCCUAGUUGAUUCUUUGUGUACUUCAUUAUUUUACCGAGUGUUCUAUUUGGAAUAAUGUUCUGCCCAUUUAACUCUUGAGAAAACAUUUGCUUUUUAGAACCAGAUAUUAUUGAAAAGCUGCUUCAGUUUUACCUAUGAAGUCUGCCGUAGCUUUAACUGCAAUACUGGAGCAUGAAACUACUCUUCUUUUUAAUGCAAAUUUAAGGUCUUGUAUCCUUGGUCAUUUUACUGAUUUGUAGAAGAACUAAGCUAAUAAAUGUGGUGUUCUCAAAGCAACUCUCACUGUUACAGUUGCACCCUGAAAAGUAGCAUCAUGCGUUCCCAUGUUUAAUAUCAACAACUCUUAACAAGUUUCAUUUUUUUGUAAUAGUAGUAAAACUACCAGUUCUUCUGGCAUGCUGGGGCUGCUUCGUACCACAAAGUUGGCCUGUUAAGGCCCCAGGAAGAAGGUGGGGACAUAGGGCUGCAUGACCAUGAUGCCCCUAGACUGCAUCAAUCCUCAGGUGCUAUCUUGUCUCCUUUGGGCCAUUAGGUGUAAGAGCAGCCUAGCUUUGGUCUGGGACCGUCCCUUCACACAGUAGCCCUGUGAUUGAGGAAAUGUAGAGGAGAAUUUUUUGUGCACAAGUCAGAAUAUGGCUCUCAGCCAUAGCUAAGGAUCUAGCUCAUGUUUUACUCACUGCAAGCCCUGUAUAUUCUACUAAGGCUCUGUAACUUAAGAAGCACUCUUGCUCAAGCAUUAUCAUCCAACCAUCAAGACUUUACAGUUAGUUAACAGUUUUGAUGGGGGAUCUAGAGAACAAUUCAGGUCAGUAUUCCAUAGCUCUAUUAAUUCUGCAACACAAAGAGCGGUUAAAAAAUAGUUUGUCUUUGUCAAAAGUAAUCAAUAUGGCUCUGAAUUUGUAAAUGGAAAAUGUGAUUUAGUCACACUUCUGACCAUAACAACAAACAAAAAUUAGACUGGAAUACGAUGUGCUUAACUACUUUAAUGCAAAAUGACACCUUUAAUGUAAGUUGACACUACGCCAUAUUACUGACCGCUUCAAGGAUUCAAGCGCACCACUGUUUUUAGUGCAAUACGUAAAUUAGUUUGAAACAGGUUUGAGUGGACCUGUGUCUUUGGUGCAUGAUUAAACCAUCUUAAGCAGAGUAGUUUGGAGACACUAGCUAUCUACUAUGUUAGGUGAAUAUACGUCUUUCAGGUGUAGUUAUAACGUGCAUUGUCCAGUCAUAGUGUGACACCUCAUUGAGAGUUUCCACUAGAAAAUCAAAAUACCCUCAGUCCAGCAGGAUUUCCUCUUGCAAAGACAUUCUCAUUCUAAAGUGGUAAAUACAUUUACCUGGCUAGGACAUACUUUUAAAUAGUACAAUAAAGCUAGUCAUCUGUGGUACUAGUAAUUACUAAUGCAGAAUUCAAAAGGUACUACCCAGUAUUGUGCAACAAUCUUUAGCCAGACUUGGUGGCCUGCUUAAUUCUUCUGCAAGAAACUGAUUGUAUUUUUCAGGGACAUCCUGGAGACUAUUUGCUGGUAAACACAGCUGGGAGGGACAGCUUUUUUUUUUUUUUAAUAAUAAACUUCAUAAGUUAUUGUUCAACUCACUAGUCAGGAAAUGAGUCACAGGCAGGACUACAAUCAGGUGGAGGCCUAGAACAUAUGCUUUAAAGGGCGGUGGGGGGGAACACUUGGCUGUCCCUCAUGUGUCACAUACAGGUCACUGACAAGGGUCCGCCAUGUGUUUUGUCUCCAGCAAGGACAAAGAGGAAAUGCUUGCAGCAUGUUUAAGCAGGAGAGCCCUAUAAUGUGAUCUACUAUCAGUUUUAUAAAAAGUGGCAGAUGGGAGCCUAUGUUGAAAAUCAUAUUGGUGUCUUGUGCCAAAGCCAAUGUUUUGAAGACUCCUUCAGGUCACGGGGAGGUGCCUUUCCCUCAAAGUAGCUAACCAAUAAGUUGCUCUUUGAAUUAGCUACCUACAAGGCAGUAACUGCUCUAGAAUUACCAAGUGAAUUGGGCUUAAACAAUUUUUAUCUUUGAAAUGUUACAUUAUAAUUGUCGAUGAACUACAUGUUUAAUAGGUAACUGCCAUUUUUAACAACCCAUUGAACAAUAUUCUUGAGAUAUAGGGGGAACACAAGGUAUUGUAGUGACAAAGAUUUAAUGGAGUUAAGAUUAUCAGCUGCCCUAUUUUAAAUAACUCUAGAAUAUUUCUAGUUUCCAUUAUAACUACACAUCUGAAUCUCAUUCCAUGUAAUAUAGCAGAGUAGACUGUUUGAGCUUGCCAACUUUAUAGUAAAUUACAUGUUUAAAAUUGUGCUGUUAAACCUAGAACUGUGCUGCUAAUAUGUCUGAAGGAGCUUCUACCGACUAGCAUUUCUGCAGGCUUUUCAAAGCUAACUAAAGGGUUAACAGAUUUGCUGGCUUAAGUUCAAACAGAGUGGAGCGCAUUUGUGUAGCUCAGAUUUUGGUAUGGAAGGAGCUAUAGUUUAAACAGUGUGGGAGGAGCUGAUCGGGCCAAAGACUAAAAUUUCACUGUACUGAAGCUGUGACAGCAGCUUGAAGUGGAGACUGGGGUAGUGUGAAAUGUAUUCCAUCAGUCCAUCCACAACACUGAUUUCCCUUUUCCGCCCAGAAUAGUGUCGCAAGGCUUUUAGGGGUGUUAUAAGUUAUGAGGCGGUACCUAGAGUAAUCAGAAUAUAAUUGAGUCUGUCCAGCUUACCUGUGUCUUGUGUAUGGGUUUCUUCCAUUCCCCACUUCUGUGAUGGUCUUUCAAUUUAGUGCUGGUUCUCUAGUGCUCUGUAAAGAUUUAUAAUGGGUGUGUUUUAUUACUGUUCAUGUGAAGCCCAUUUUCUCUGGGUUUCACAGCUCAGGUUUUUCCCAAACCUGUGAUACAAAGUUGUUUAAAGUGGGGGGGAGGGGGAGGGAGAGGUCUUGAAUCUCUGCAAGCCUUAUUCUGGAUGAAUCACUCUUAUUUCUUCCUUGAAAAUAUCUUGGCUGACUGUAGUUGUCGUACUUCUAGGCUGAGACAGCUUAAUUAACUGACUAGCAAGAAAUGAUGCUUUUGAGCAACUGCCCCCAUACCCUCAAAAUCCAACCAUGCACCCAAGCUCCACCUCCCUGGACAACAGGUGCUACAAAAUUGCUUCCCCAUUUAUAAGCCACUUGGUACUGAACAGUCCUGGUGAAUGGACAGAAGCACAGGGGUAUCCUGUAAGGAAUUUUCCUGGUCAAGGAAAUUGCAGCAUGGAGGCUGAGCCAUUGAAGGGAUUAGAAACCCUUUUGUGCCACACAUUAUUUUCUGUCCUUAGACAAACUAAGGCCUAUGUUCAUUUCCUCUUGUGCCCUAAACUUGCCAGGGGACAGCACUUUGACUCCACUUGAUAAAGAUAAUAUCAGUACGGCCUUUCUGUUUGCACCAAUGAGCAGGGCAGUGGCACUGUAACCUAUUCUGUAAUUCCUUGCUAUGCCCACAACAAUGUGUUCAGUCCUCUAACUCAUUGCUCUGACAAUAGGUAAAAUGUAAAUGCUCCUCACUUGAUGUGUCCCUCUUGCAUUCGAUAAUGAAAAUCCCUUGAAACAGCUGAACUUACUUGUUUAGCAGCCUAGAGAGCAGCCCCCACCCUUGUUUUAUUGCAGUAACAAAACACACCUUAUGCUUUGCAUUCUCCAUAUAGUUGCCUUUGUGAGCAGUGAUGCUAUGUAGUGGGGCCUUGAUUCUUUUCUUAACAACUUUGAAGGGAGUUGCAUGCAGAAAACUUCCCUCAGAUGUUUAGGGCGGCUUUUAUACACCUACCAGGAUUCCAACUUUCAAACGGAAUGAGCCUUGAGGCCUGCAUGAUGUUUGAUGGUUAUCAACAGAUGUUCACAUCAAAACAGCUAUUGGUGCUGUCAACCAACCAGCUGUAUGCCAUCCAGGGGCAAUAAAAACUACACAAACUAACAUGGUUGUUGUUUUUUUUUUUUUAAAGUGCAACUUGCUAUAAAUCAAAUACUGAUCUCCCAUGGAUGUAGGCAGUACCUAUUUUUGCAAGCUAGUAUUAGUCUCUUUCCCCAUAGCAGUUGUCCAGUAUGCAUUAAACGAAGUGAUGUAGUGAGGUUGUAGGCCCGAGACCUGAUCAAUCCCUCCCCCCAUAUUAAACGAUUCUGGGCUGGUGUUCAGAUAGCACUUACACUGAUGUACAUUUGGGCUUACAAUGGAUGCCUUCUCCCUUACUAUGUAACACAAUACAAGUCGGUGGAUAGAGAGAUACUUCAGCAGCUCCUCUAAAGCAAUUCUACUCUUUGGUAAGUGAGUUAUUAUCUAAGGAUUUCCACAAUGGCUGUUUCUUGGAACAUGAUGUAUUCCUAGAACAGAUCUUUAAGCUUGGCUUAGUCAGUGCCAGUCUUAAAUUGAAUAAGCAUGGAGUCCCCUCCACUCUCACUUCUGGAUGUUCCAGCCUAAGAGGGAGGUAUGUUGACAGGACAUUGCAGCACCUGCCCCUGUGCUUGUGUUGCUGCUGUCAGCGUUGAGUAUUUCUUGUGGCUAGCUGGAGGGCUCCCCCACUAGGUGCUGUAAAACGGAUUUUUUUUUUUUUUAAUGAGCACUAAAUUCACUUUUUUUGUUUUUUAAACAAUGACACUAAAUUGUUUAACACAAAUGGGGAUGAAGGGCAGCUAGGAUAUUCAGAACUGAGGCUGGUUCUCUGUUAACUAGUCAGGUGGUGCCUCCGUGUGAGUCAGUUUAGUCUUGACUCCAAAUUGCUUGGCUCUUUGUAAGUCUGUAUCUCUUUUUAAUGGCAUCUUUAAAAGCAGUGUUUAGGUUUCUGUCUCUGUGUUGACAUGCUUGUCUUUCCAUGUGAGGAAAGGGGAAGGGAGACACGGAUGGCUCCAGUGCCAGCAGUUCUGUGGCUGCCUUGCUGUACUCUGUAAACUACUACCGUCUAGCUCUUGGCGUAUGUCCAUGGUUCAUCUGGCUGACUUGGAAAGAACCACUGUCAGAAGGAAAGAGCUGCACUGAUGUCCUCCAAGAUGGACUUUCUGGUGAACAGCCAAAGGAUAUUGUUGGGCCGGGGGGGGAGAGAGCAGCGAUCUAGUUUCUAAAUGGAUCCCAAAUGCUUCUGCUUAUAUACUGUCUGUAUAUUGAAACAAAAUGCCAUCAGUAGUGAGUUUGUAUUCUUUGAUAACUGACUCCAGGAAAGCUAUUUGGCUGUGUAUUCUACCAACACAUUGGCACGGCUAUAGCUGCUUGCACUUCCCUUAUAAAUCGUUUUUUCCAACUGUUUGUAACUGGGUCCUAUAAACUCAAUCCUUCCUGACUUGACAUGCAAGCCUCUUGUCAGUCAGCAUGCCUCACGCCAAUUUAAAAACGAGUUAACCUUGCUUUAAGGUAUUAAAUUGUGAGGAGUAUGCAGAGACAACUGCUUUAAAGGGGUCAGAUUGCUUCAGGUUACUUUGAGGCAUGAGGGCAUCUUGUUCAAAAUCAGCUGCUGCUCUUACAGUACUUCACACAGACAUGUGUUAAGCUCAUAUGCUUGGCACAAUCGUGAGUAAAUGAUCUUUCAACAAUCCACAGGAUUUAAAGGCCCUGUGGUAAAGUCUGCUUUGGAAGUUGUGUUUCAGUUCAUAGACAUUAGUCUGUUGGAUAAAGUGUAUUUUUCCGGAUAAGCCUGUUCUGUUUGUAGAAUUUGCGCAAUAGACUAGAACAGCUAAUACACCUUGUUAUUAAUGACUGACUGCACACAACAAUGUCUCUAAAACCUACACAUAAAGAUUGGCCAAGUGUGUUGUUACUCUUUUAAACAAGCUGUCUGUUUUUUUUUUUUUUAUUUUAUUUGAAUCGUAUACAAAUGAAAUGAUUAGGGCUAUGUGUGUGUUACACAGGUCUCCGAGUUCUUUGGCUUCAGCCCUGCUUGGGCUUCAGCUUCAGCCCCACAUGGUAGGCUCAGGCUUCAGCAUAAUUUAUUGUUGAUCACCUGUCUUCUAUCUGUGACUUUUAAUAAAAAUACCUGUGUCAAAAUCCUAGCCGUUGGAAUGACAAAACACUAGUUAAUUUUGUGACACAAUCCUGUAUCUUGGAAAUCGAUUUUAAAAUGUUACCUUCUCUGCUAUAACGCCGUAUGGUGCCUAGGUAUUGUAGCACACAUACUAUGCAAUAUCAUACAGCUGUUUUUUAAACCAGUUUGCUGCAUUGGGCAGGAAGGGCCUGAGUUUAGCCUUAAUUUCUAACAACUCACGUAAAACUUCUUUUUAAAGACGGUGACGAACUAAAAUAAGUUGAGGUGAAAAAGGCGUUGCUCAUUUAAGUGUCUUUGUAGAACUAAAACCGCAUCCACCAUAGAAGCAGCCCGUUUGCUGUGAUCGUCUCAACUUAUGAAAACUGUGUACUAGAUAAAAUUAUAUUGUGGUGUGUAAAAAGUGUAUUUUAUAGUUUUGGUGAAUUAGUUUACUGUUUUGUAUAUAUGAAUUUUAUAAAUAUUAAAACUUGACUUGUUAUACUGUU